CAGUAAAGGGAAUUAUUUGUCAGCUCGGCAUUGGAGGAAAACCACUCGCUUUCGAAGAUGAGAUUACUCUGCACGUUGUGUUUUCUCGUUCAAGUACGUGAGGAAUAAUUUUUAUGUCCUUUGGAUAUGACAUUUUGUCAUGUCAUUUAAUCAUGUCAAUUUAUGUAAUUUUUUUUUAAAUUUUCAUUUGGCUAUGUCACUUUAUUAUUUCACUUCGUUAUAUCAUUUUUUAUGUAUAUUUAUGAAGUCAAUUUGUCGUAUUAGCUUGUUAUGUCACCUUGUUAUGUCACCUAGAUAAAUACCCUUAGUUUUAAAUUAUAUUUACACCUGGUUAAACAAUGUGAAUUUUUUCCCCCCAUAAGCAUUUCAUAAUUGUAAAAUUUUGGCGACUUUGAACAGGCUUCUUACAAUAUUGUUAACAGUGUGCAUCCUCGAGUGAUUCUGUGUUUGGGGGAGAGUUUCAACGAUUCAAAUUGAAUCAUACGAAUAAUAUUUAACAUUAUUAUAGAUGUUUUUUUGUUUUUUUAACAGUAUUCGAAUAAUUGCUACGACUUUUGAUAUUAAUCCAUCUGUCUUGGUCGCCACAGCUGUCCAUACUCGCCCUCGCCCAGAUCCGUCCGGAAUGUGACACCUGCUUCAAUGAGCUGGAGCUGGGCAUCGUUCUCGACUCCUCCUCCUCCAUACACAUCGACGAGUUCUACAAGGCUAAGCGUUUCCUUCGAGAGUACAUAGACACCUUCGACAUCAGCCCCAAUGCAGUCAGGGUCUCCCUCGUCACCUACGGCAGGUACGCUGUAAUAUAUAUCUUCUGUUUGAGUAGGUUGGAGCCAUCUUAACGGAUCGUUUGUCUGAGCCGUUUGUCAGUAAGGAGGGGCGUAGAUAGUCCUAGUGCCGCCUGGGUUGGGCCAAUAUGUUCGUUCCCUCCCUCGGGAAAAAACAAACUAUGCGCAGUUGGCCGAAAAUGACAUCCCUCAAUAAGUAGGGGGGUGGGGGGGAAGCCUCCAUGAGUGGAACGCCCCCCCCCCCUCCGUCAGCCCCUCGUUAUUAGAUGGCUUGGUGGGGUAAAAGGCCACCCGUCGUAAUCCAAUGUCUUGGGGCACCGUUCCUCUAAGCCCUAAGCCGUUUGACUUAAGUGAUGCAUCCAUGAUCUUCUGUACAUGUUGGGCGUUAUUGCACUCUUAGACCAACGUGGGCGCAAAGUUUUGUCAUCCGUUCACUUUCAACGCGGCCAUCUAAACUAGCAUAAAAUAGAGUUCCACCAUACUAGCAUACAAUAGAGUUCCACCAUUCCUGAAAUGUAUUUGGAAAUGUACUAAACUGCGUGAUAUAUGCAAAGCCCUAUCCAGCUACUCACCACAGACUCUCAGAUUAAAACUAAAAGUCAAUCGACAUGUCUAUCAGUCACACAAACUACCACUAAAGAUGCUACAUUCACAUGCGGUACACACACGUACCUCUUUGAAGAUUACUAUGGCAAGAGCUGGUACAAGCUAGGUCUAAGUCUACGUCUAAAUACAUAGGAAAGACGUUUCAUGGGAGGAUUGCAGUCAUUCGGCACUAAAGUAACUGAAUAUUUCUCUUGCUUUUGUACACACUCUUUCCUCUCCAAACCUCUAUCCAUGACACACUAUCCCCGGUCACCAUGUGACAUUUAAAUUACUAUAAUGAAAGCGUGUGUUUUUUUUAACAACUUCUUGUCAACAACAUCAUUUAAGUCUAUUUCAUGGUUUAUAUACUCGGAAAUAUUAACGCCGAUUGUUGGUGAACAUUAAAUUAUUGCAAUGUCUUCUUCAUGAGGGGACAAUCUUACAUGAAUUUUUUUUUUUUUGGGGGGGGGGGGGGGUUGGGGGAGGGGCGGUUGGGGGGGGGGGUGGAAGGAGGGCAUUAAAGCUGCUUCUUGUCCAGAAAGGCGGAAAAUUGCAAUGUCUUCUUCAUGAGGGGACAAUCUUACAUGAAUUUUUUUUUUUUUGGGGGGGGGGAGCGGUUGGGGGAGGAGCGGUUGUGAGGGGUGGUAGAAGGAGAGCAUUAAAGCUGCUUCUUGUCCAGAAAGGCGGAAGAGCUAGGAUAGGCACUACGCCCCAACAAGUGGUCUCAGAAGAGAAGAGUGUAAGUGCAUACCUGGGGCCUGGGUGUACAAAACCAUCUUUUAGAAACAUGAAGCAAGCUGCAUCGAAUGCAGAAGUCCAUUGUGGCAUAAACCACAUUGUUGGUCGCCAUAAAACCAGUUGUUCGUUGUUCAUUCAGAUUUUUGUCUCAUGCCGAGAACAACAGUGCAGUCAACAAAUAAAGAAAUGUAAAUGUACCGACUGGUCGAAUUUCUUGCCCAUCAACUGCCUGAAGCCUGAGAAAAAUCAAAGGCAACUAUCCGCAUUUGCUUUUUUUCGAUAUAAAAUUAUCUAAAAAGAACGAGGAAAUGAUAAAUGACUCAUUUAAAGAAUUACAUUAUUGUGUUAUUAUAAAGAUCUUUUUGUUAUGCCCUUCUAAAAGUGCCCCCACUUUUUCCGAUAAUAGAUAAAGCAAAAAUGUACCUAGUGUAUUAUUAUUUUUUUAAAGUAAAUUAAUCCCACGGUUGUAAAAGAUAUUGUUUUAUGACCAUCCAGGGGUGUCCACGACCAGGACGCAUUCUUCCUGUCCAGCUACACCGACAAGAGUGCUCUGCUUGACGCCAUAGAGCAAGUCCCACACAGGGCGACAGAUUAUACGUCAACUGGGGCCGCCAUUCGGUUCAUGAGAGAGAAACAGGUGAGUGUUGACCAGGUCAUUUGUGACGAGGUGGGUGGUUAGUGGUGACCAGGUUAGCGGUGUGUGCUGAUCAAGUGAGUGGUGACUUGGUAAGUGGUGACCAGGCGAUGGUUGACCACGUGAAUGGUGAGUAGAGAACUGGCGAGAUGUGACCAUGGGUAGAUGAACAUAACACGUUAGGAGGUGGGCGCCAGUUAGCGGGAAAAGCCUUAGUGGCGACCAAGUGAAUGAAAGUUGGGUGGUGAGUACCGACAAGUGUCCUGCUCGGGUGAAUAGUGACCAAAGGUCAGAAAAAGGUGAGCGGAAACUUGUGCUUACAGUAAAGUCAGGGGUACCUGUAUAGAGGUCACUUAUAACACGAGGGGGGGGGGAAGGGUCACUAUCAUUGAUUGGGGUGGGGGGAGGGUAGGAAUGAGAUGAGUUAAAGCAGAAGAUGGGUUGUCAUCAAGAGAGGGACAGGUCAUUUCUGUAAGGCGGGGGUGGCCCACGCAUGAUCAUUUAUCAUAAAUAAACUAAUUCCGUUGUUCAUUUAUAUUUACAAAGAUAUUGAGAUUUAACAGGCCUGGUCAACGAACCGUUAAAAAAAAAGGAUAUACAUAAAUAUUCCAGUAAUUCAGAUUUAUUUAUUUAUUAGUUUAAUUUUUGUUUUUGAUUAUUUUAGGAACCGCUAUAAUUUUUAGAGAAUUUAAUCUCUUUAUUUGACUAAAUGGCUCGGAACAAACAUUGCACAAGAAAGGAUGAUACCAUUAAUUAAAUACCAGCAAUAAAGAACGAUACCUAAACUAGGGCUAAUUACAGACAGUAAUUUAUGAAGUUAACCCUAAAAGUACAAAAUCACAAAGAAUAAAUCCAUGGCUAUUCAGUACAGCAAUGAACUUGUACCGGUUCAAAUGUUGGAAGGUGCACACACAUACACAGUAAACAGUACGUACAAUUUCUACGAUCAGACGGUUGGUCUCGCUUUCGACUUGCAUUGUAAUCUCUGUCGCUCUCUUUGUCUCGAAGUCUCUCUCCCUAGCUCCUCCCGAUCCUCAUGUGGAUCGGCCUACUUACAGUCUGUCAUAUCGUAGAGACUUUUUAACGAUAGCGGAAACGUGUUGUAUCUUUGGCUCGGUUUGUCUCUUAAGUUCUAAAAAGUUCACCUAUAGACCAUGUUUACAUGUAGUCAAGGGAAACAAUUUAUAAUUAAACCACACCCAUUUUGUUGUCAAACUUGGGGUGAGCCAAAGUUUUCGCACGGGAUUCACGACAUAAACAAGACGUCUAUACAACAACUGUGUGCAUUAAAAACGGAUAAGGUAACUCCAUACAGCAUUGCAUGGGUAAUUUACUACUUUAAUAUUAUGUGUAACGAAAAGCUUCAAACGAAAGGCUUACUCGCUACCAGUGAGUCCCGUAAAUGAUUUUGGGUUGUCGGCAAUCGUGUAACGGAAAUUUAGUGGAUCAAAUUCAAUGUUUAGCAUUGAUAUUAAAGGGUAAGCGAUAACUUCAAUAAGUCGCUCUGAUAUUAUCAUAAUUCAUCGAUGACAACCGUGGCGUUGCUAGGGCUAGUGUUGCGCGGGCGUGUCAAGGCCUUUACCGCCCCACAUUACAAGAAAAUCUACAACAAAUGCAGUUGAUUGAAAAUGCUUUCCUUAAAUAUGUAGAAAAAAAUCCCCCCCCCCCGGCCUAUUCCCACGCCACUUGUAUGAUUAAUUCUAAACUUAGUGCAAGUUUGAGUAACAAAUUCAACAUAUUUUUUUUUUGUUCUUCUAGCUGAACGACGCCAGCGUCAGGCAAGGUGUGUCCAAGGUCAGCGUGGUCAUCACAGACGGGAACUCUCAGGAGCCCGAGGUGACCAAGGACGAAGCUGAACGGGCCCAGGGCGAAGGCAUCACCCUGUUCGCCAUCGGCGUGGGCCAUAGGAUCAGCAAGGAAGAGCUCGAGAACAUCGCCGGGGACAACAGCCGCGUCGUUCCGGUAGACAGCUUCGACACUCUGUCCACCAUCACAAAAUGGCUGUCCAAAGAAACGUGCGUCGGUGGUCUGGGCAGACGAGUCGGGUAGAAAUCGGGGGGAGGGGAAACUUCAUUACGGUUGCCGGGUUUGUUUCGAUAGCGGACACCGGCUUCGGACGGUUUGGAAAAAAAAUAUCGCUACGAAAGAAAAUAUUGGUGAUUUGUGUACAAUGUGAAUGUCAUGAUUAUUGAUGCUUUUUUUUGUCAUAAGAUCACUUAAGUUAAAUUAUAAGGAGCAAAUCUAAUUAUCGAAAUCAAUAGACACCCCCACCAUUUCUUACCUUUGUUAUACAGAUACGUAAAUUUUUCACUAUUUCAGUUUAGUAUCAUAAAAUGUCUACUUCUUUAAUAAAUUGUAGUAGAAAAAACAACAAACCCCAUUGCCUCGCCCCCCCCCCUCCUUUUUUUUUACCCCCCAAAAAAUUUAAAAAAUAUAAAAAAAUAUUUUAAAAAAUUAUGAGAACUUUUAAGCCAAUAGUUUAGUUGUGAAAAGAUGAAGAGAAAACAGCAAACACUUUUGUUUUAAGGUUAUGUUGUGAAGGCUUAAAUUUUUUUUUUUUUUAAUUUCGCAUAAGUUUGAAACUCAUCAGCAUUAUAUAUUUUUUUUUCAAACACUUCUUAAUUAUGUAAUGUUUUUUUCUUCACGCUAUCGUACUCUUCCAUAAGCUUCAGGUGGAUCGCAAAGCCUUGUACAUUUCAUAUUCCACAUGUCGUUGCACAUAAUUAAUUAUUAUCAUCAACAAGAAACGAAAAUUGCACAAUAACAUAUGUUUUAUGACUUUGCAUCACAAAAAAUAAAAAUAAAUUUUAUUAAAAACAUC